ACUUCACAGACAACCUCAGUCUGGGAUAUACCUGAGCCAUGUGAACUUCCUCCCUCGUCCCUCGAAUCCAAUUAUCGGGAACUGUUGAGGACUGCCACUGAGUACAUGAGCUAAUGCGAGACAGUGGGCGAAGUUGAGGAGCCGCAGACCAAGAGAUAGAGAAGCCAUGACCAUGUGAAUCUGUGAUGGGAAGGCAAGCAGAAACAGGAGCACCAGCAGGAGGGCCUUGGUCAGCAGCAGCAGUGGUGGUGGAGGUGGUGGUUGCAGGGUCCAGGGUGGCUAGCAGGAGGCCAUGACCACACCAUGUCUCUCUGCAUCACCAUCCUCGCGGCCUGCCUCGCCCUUCUCAGCGGUGCGCUGGCGGAGGGGGGGGAGGAGGUCGAGGCCAAGGUGCAGCCUACCAAUUGCUCCUAUUACCGCCUGGAGCAGGGCGGGGAGGUCGGGAUGAAGCUGGUCUCGAGUGACGUGGAGCAGUGCAAGGGAGGGGACGCCUGCUUCGCCUACUUCACCAUCCGCGGCAACACCUCCAUUGAGUUGCAGAUGAAAGGCUGCUGGGAAACACAGAGUGACUGCAAUACACCGACGUGCGUGGGAGACCCCAAGGGCUACGACAACUACUAUUGCUGCUGCAAGGGAAAUAUGUGCAAUCUGGAGGUGGAGGUGCCCGAGGACAAGGAGCUGCCCACCCCUGUCCCCGACACAGAUGAUAAGAAUGGAGAGUCCCCCGAGAAGUCUUACGUAUGGCUGUGGUCGUUACUUAUAGUGGCCUUCGUGUUUGUGGUAACAUGCGCCGUGCUGGGCACCCGCCACUGGAGGAAAGCCAGUCCACCCCUCGAAGCCCUGCCCCCCGAGGAGCACCCAGCCUCCCCCUGCAUAGACCUGGACUCCGUUAAGAUCCUUGAAACAAUAGGUCAAGGUCGCUUUGGCACCGCAUACAGAGCCAUAGUGGACGAUGAAGAGGUGGCAGUAAAAAUGUUUCCACAGCACCAUAAGUCUUCAUAUAUUAAUGAGAAGUAUAUAUAUUCCCUUCCUCUUAUGGAACAUUCCAACCUUCUGUCUUAUCUUGGAAGUGGUGAGCGUGUAGGACAAGAUGGCAAUAUUUACUAUGGGCUGGUGCUCUCCUACUGCCCUAAAGGUCGCUUAAGCACCUACCUCUUAGAGAACACCCUCAACUGGUCAACAUUCUGCAACAUUGUGUUAAGUGCCACAAGAGGCCUUGCACAUUUACAUUCAGAAAUUAGAAGAGGAGAUGUUGUGAAGCCAUGCAUCAGCCACAGGGACUUCAACACCCGCAACCUGCUGCUGGCCGGGAACAUGCGCUGCGUGGUGUCUGACUUGGGCUUUGCCAUCCACACCCAAGGCUCCAGGUACUACAUCAACGGGGAGGAGCAGCACGCUGAGACAUCAUCGCUAACUGAUGUUGGAACGCUAAGAUACAUGGCUCCUGAAGUUCUUGAAGGUGCAGUAAACCUGAGGGACUGUGAGGCAGCGCUGAAGCAGAUCGACAUCUAUGCGCUGGGCCUGGUGCUGUGGGAGUGUGCCGCCCGCUGCCACGACCUCUACCAGGGUCUGCAGACACCGCCCUACAUGCUUCCCUUCCAGGCAGAGAUUGGUCUUCACCCCACCUUUGAGCAAGUCCAAGUCCUGGUGGUACGCAACAAAGCCCGGCCCUUGUUCCCCUCUGUCUGGAAAGACACCAACCCGGCAAUACGCUUACUCAAGGAGACCAUCGAGGACUGCUGGGACUACGAUGCUGAGGCGAGGCUGUCGGCCAUGUGCGUGGAGGGUCGGCUGGCAGAGCUGCCGGCACUCUGGGACAGAUAUAAAUCAAGCUUGGGUAUGAGUGGAGUGAGUCCCACCAUGAACCCAAUGUCCAACCUGCCCCUGAGUCAGCGCGCCGGCGAGAUGUUCAACGGCGGCAAGAUCAUCAGCAACGCCAUCACGCCACGGGAGAAGGAGUCCAGCGUGUCCGAGGCCACCGUGGAGACAACCAUCACCGGCUCGCCCUCAGAGCCCCCCAUUGACAUCUCCAUGGCCAAAAAUCAUCUGAUUGGGACCCUGCAGCCUCUGAUCCCCCCCCUCCAGCCCCACCAGGGCCGCAACCCCUGCAUGGAGCGCAACUUGAUUAGAGAAAUGCCUCAAGAAAUUAGUGUUUCUGGCAAUAUUCUUAUAGAUCAUCUCAAGUCCAAUGACAUAAAUUCUAUAAAUACCAUAAAUGCUGCUAAUCUUAUAGAUGUUCAGCAUGCCAUAGAGUCCCAUGGACUUACUAAUGAACAGUUGAUGCCCUUAUUGAACGGACACUCCAACACUGCCAAUGUUGUGUCACAGCCACGUCCAACCCUGCCUCCCCCCACCCUGGUCCCGCCAAUACCUUACUUACAGAAUGAAGUCCACUCCAUUGACAAUCAGCCAAAGCGAAAUAACACAGUAAUGCAAGAAGAGAACCUUGAUAACCGCAAGGCCUUGAAGGGGAGCUCCUGGAAGAGAUGGCGCAGCGCUUGGGAGGACCGACUGAAGUCCCUCAUCCCUCGCCGCCGCCACCACAACGCGGAGGACGAAGAGCGCCAGGAGAUCCUCAUCACCCCCACCAGCAGCAGCCUCUCAGAGCCACCCACGCCCCUGCCAGCAACACAAUCAGUAGCUAUAACAUCCUCCCAUCUCCCACUCCAGACCGAGGUGCUCCUCACCAAUGGAGGCCCCCACACUGUGAUCUCCCCGAACCAUGCACUUAACUCUCAGCAAUCUGGACUCCCCAACUACACUUCAGAGACUGAGAUUGGGAUUGCAAAGUUGCAUCUUCAGAAUGGAUUUGCACCCAUCAUUAGGUCAAGACAAGGAUCAAAGGAUAGUGGACUUAACAAAUCCAGUGAGAAUAGUGUAAGUUUUGUUGAUAGUGAUAAUUCCUGUGAGAAGUUAAAGAGACCAACGACGCUUAUCCUCCCAGACAGGUCACAGAAAAGUUCCGUAAAUAAGGCUGUUGAGCAAGAAACAAAUCCUCUAGUAGAGCAUGACGAUCAGGACAUGGAAAGUAGAGUGACAGAUUCUGCUCCCGAGGUGGAAGAAUCCCCGCCCCUCAGGAAAGCCAAGCAUCGCGUGAAGACUCCCCGAAGACCCAUGAACCCUCGUCUUUCACUGUAUGAUGACCGCAUCAUGGGCUGCAACGAGGGAGAGAGGAGUGCGGCGUCUAAGGCUGUGCGUCACCUUGAUGACGGCCUCUCCCACUCCCUUCCCCUUCACAUCAACGCUUUAGGAGGACAACAGCAGCAGCCUUUCCUCACCAGUAGUGUAGUUGUUUCAUCAGCAUCUUCUCAGAACAACAGUGCAACUUCCCUGAGAUGCUCCAAAGUAGCUAGUACAGUCAGCAGUAGCAGCAGCGGCAGCGGCAGCAGAGCUAGUAGUCGGGAGGGUAUUCACGGCUUGCUUGGGCAGGAGCUGACCUUCUCAUGCACUCAACCAAAUCCUCAAACAAUCGGGGUUCUGUGAAUAUGAUAAACGGAAUUGUAAUAUUAAGAGAAAUGUGCUCCUGAAGGAGAUCUCAACUUAUAGAUGGGCUUUCUACAAAGCUGGAGUGUUAAGUUUUCUGAUAUAGUAUGUCAGAAAUUUGGUGAUAUAUAUAUUCUCACAGGCAUUGUCCCUGUAGAGAUAAUGUGAUUACACUAAAUAUUCCAAAUGAAGUGGACACUGUAUUAUGCUGCCAAUGUAUGAAAUUGAAAAAAUAUCUCAUUUUAUGUUUUGAGCCUUUUUCAAGAUAUUUUUGUUCAUCAUGUAUUAUAUGUUAGCAGCUUGUCACUCAAUAUUUCUUAAAGGUUCCAUGAGCCACCUCUUUGUACUUUUAAUGUUACUUUCACAGUCUCCAAGGAAGCAGUGUUGCCAUCCAGUUUGUUAGUGAGACUAUUCUUAUGCAAUAUAAUUUAAAUUUUUGGUUUGUGGAAAUUCACACAUAAGAUCAAUAAUAUUUGACUAUUGUAAGCAUAUGUGUUUUCAGAGUCUAAUGCUUGGAGGGUGUAACCAUUCUAGUCUCUGCUGAAUUAUAUUUCCAUCAGCCGGGGAGGUACAGGGACCACUCAGUCAGAGCAGCGCAGCGCUAGGCCAGCAGGAUGCAACAUUUUAUAAUCAGUAUUAAGAGUCUUGUAAUUUGGUUAAUUUAUGUUGUUACUGUGUAUAUUGGAUAUUGAUGCAGAUUUGAAGAGUAGAUUUUAUUGGUUAAUAUAUGUUCAAUUAUCCUUUAACAAUGUGAAGCAACCCCCCCCCCCCCCUCUUUUUUUUUUUUUUUUUUUUUGCUGGAUUGAAUUCUGUUAAAUGAGAUAAAGUGCAAUUUUUAAUUAUUUCCUAUUUUUAUGGUAGUGCUAAUAUGAACGAACACCAGGGAUGCCAUUUGUGUAUUAUAUGUUGCAGAAGCAUUUUUUUAUAUUAUUUAUAGCAUAAGUACUGCAAACAGAGGUUUAUUGUGAUAUACUGAAUGAAGAUAUAGGAGGAUAGGUCUACAUUAGAUCAGGUGACAACACAGAAGGCUCACCGAGGGGAAUGCAAGGGUGAUGUAAUUUGUACAAUAAUGAAAUUUCCACAGGUAACUGGUAACCAAUGUUUGAGGUACAGGAACGACUACUUGUGUUAUGCACGGUGAAGGGAAAAGUGGAGGAUGCUGUGUUAGGACUGCGUGUAACCAAUGCGGCUUUGGAAUGAGCAUCUGUCAAACUACACCUUGUGAAUGUCUAGCUUUUGUUUUGCUUUUUGUUUAGUGGUAAAUGUAAACAUUGCUGGAAAAUUAAACCUGGUCAAACAAGAAAAAUAUCCUUGUAAAAGUAGUCACUUCUGUUUACAAGAAAAUAUUCAGUCAUCAUUUACAAUAAUAUUAAAAAUUUCUGAAAGAAACUGCAAGAAAAAAAAUCAACAAAUUCUUAAAUCUCACUGAUGAUUGAAUCCCAUAUUUAUUCAUGGUUGAGGUGAAGGCGGCCCAAGUUUCACCGUAACAACUGGAAUGGCAGCACGUCACUUGUUUUAGUUUGUUGGUUAAUCACCACAAGAGUAUUUGAACAUCCCAGCUGCCAGGACGUCUGUGGUAGAAGGCUGGAGCAAAUGGGAUUUAUUUUCCCUAAUUUUUACAUGCUGUGGAAUUAAUCUUAUUGCCACAAUUUCUUUUCCUCUUAGAGAGAGAGUGCUUGCCUAUGAAGUGUUCAGUAUUUCUUUAAGUGUUAAUGUGCCUAGUUGCCUUGCUAGUAUAGGUUUUACCUCAUUACUGUGCAGUGUUACAUGGUAAUUGUUAAUGUUACAUUCAGGAGUUGUAAAGGUUUUAUGGUGUAAUUAUGUAAUUCCAGUUGUUGCCCUGUAAGACCACAGAUUACAAAAGUGAAACAUCUGAGCAAAACCAAUGAACUGCAAACCCAAGGGGUGACAAUUUGAAAUUGGUUACUGAACAGUUCUCUUAAAAUCAUUUCCACUUGAUUUAACAAAGAGGGACAGAGAACUGAAAUGCCCAUUAAUGCUGCAAGCUGUUCAACCCAAAUGUUGUAGCAAUUGAUUGAAAAGCUGCGGUGAGGGUAACUUUUAACAUAUUAUGAAACAUUGCGCUUCAUGCAUCAAAAAAAGAGCCCAGGUCAGGUUAGUUAAUGAAAAAAGUCUAUCACUAAAAAUUUUGCAUUAUAAAUAGCAUAAAGGUUCCAUCUAACUUCCCUAAUUAGAAAUGCAUAAUUUCUAAAUCAGAUGCUACUGAGCUGAAGCUUCGUUUAGUGUGAUGUUUAAGCUUGGCAGCGACGUAGACGGUGGUUGCCUGAAGCUGCCUCUCUGGGCACCCAAGCCCCAGGUGACCUAAAGGUACUUACCUUGAUAACAAGUGAAACAUAAGGUUACCUUGAUAAAUGAACUGUCCAAUGCAAGUGUUCAAAAGUUUGAUGAAGAGAGAAUAUCAAUCUCUAAGCUGACAUAUUUAUAGCCAUUUUUAUAUCUUAAAAUUAUCUUAAACAGAAUGCAGAGAAUAUGGAGGAAGAGCUUUAUACUGAGUGUUCCCUUGACAUAACAUUUGUCUUUUCUUUGAACUUGCACUACAGACAAUCUUUUUUGGAACCAAGUAGCUGAAGUUUUCCAACAUUGUAUACACUACACUUAUGUUUCUGUGAUAGUUUGAAAUGUAUUGAAAUAUUCUGCAAGUGACAAAUUGGCAGCAUCUCUUGUGUGUGUGUGUGUGUGUGCCAGACACACAAGGUCAGUGUCACUUUACAAAGUUUUGAAGAAAAAGUAAACAUUUUAUUACCAUAUGGUUUUUAGCUUGAUGUGUAUCAUAUAUAAUUGCUUUCGUUUCACAUUUUCUUUUCUUUAUAGUAUGUCCAGUUUACAAAGCAGAGAGGCAUAUGCAUGAAAUUCCUAAAAGAUCUCACUUACUAAUCAUAUCCCUAUUUUCUAAGUGUUGAGCGCUGGCAGCAGGGACGUUAUCUGCUGGGAAACUGCGGUUUUCUUGGGAGGGAAAUAUUUGUUCUCAUACAAGGCUAAAGUGUUUUGAGUAGGUGGGUUUUUACUCAAAUUAUUAAGUAUAAGAUGAAAAGCUGGAGAAGCCAAAAUAAGGAGAUAGUGUGUAUCAAAUAGGCAUAUAUUUGUAUAUAUAUGUUGCAAUGCUUGAAAAUAAUCUAUGUAUUGAAUUUGUGUGAUAACCACCUAAUGGUGCCAUAGUAUGAAUGUGGGCAGUAAAUUAUGAAUGGGAUGAAGGGAUGGGCUUCCAUGAGCAACUAAGACUGACUGACUGAAGAUUGCAAGCUCUGAGACGGUAGUGUUACUGCAUAUACUGCUAAAAUCAUGUAUUCAGAUAUUUUUAUUUCAAUAAAUAACAGAGCAUGAUAAUAAAUACAUACAUCUUUGUUUAUUAACAAAUUCCCUUUUUUUUUGUGUCUGAAAGACCAGUCGUCAACAGUUUGAGAGGAAGGAAGGAGGGUUGACCCAGUCACAGAGUCUCCCCAGGGUGGGGAGCACCUCCAGUAGUCACACUCACUGAAGUCAAAGAUGGCAACCAUCAUACUUUUUCAUUGUGGCUUGAAGGCUCUAUAUUAAAUAUUUUUUGUUAAGUAUAUUUAUUUUACUGUUAAGUUAAAAAAAUUGUUGCUUCCGGCAAUGGACGUACUAAAAGUUACAAACAAUCCACUCCCUGGUAAUGUAGCUCUUGCUUGCUUGUGACCCUGAACCCUGCACACCACGUGGUAUGGACAAAACUCUGGAUGCUUUGAGUUCUUGAUAUCACACAUUUUUAUUGGCAUGACAUAGACUCUGUAUUAUACGUAUAGAAGCUGCUUGAAGAAGCAAAUGAGUUUUCUGCAGCAAUUCGAUGUGACUGAUUCCUACGAAACACUCUUUUUGAAGUUCUGAAUCAAGGUGCGAGAAAGUGGUAUUUUCCAUAAAGGGUUUUCAAUGACAUAGGAAUUUUUAUGUGCAUGUGCUCAGCUGGAAUUAACACAAAAGUUUUUUCUUAAUUCAUUAAAAAUUAAAUGUGGCUGAUAAUUUGAGUUGUAAUUUUCUAUUCUUUAACAGAGCAUUCAUGUGAAGGUAUUCUUGGUCACCCAAAACAUCCCAGAUAACACAGUUUGCAUUGAUUGACUUAACCCCAGCAGCCAAAGAGUACUAUAGGGUUCAUAUUUAGUCAUAUUAAUUUUAAAUAAUACUUCCUUUCAUAAAAUUAGUAGUUGGAAUUUCAUUUGGAAUCCUUGUACACAGUCAUGAACUGAACUGCAUAUUUUAUGUUUUGACAGUUUGGCAAUUUCAUGCAUUGAUUUUUUCUCCAUGUUGUACCGAUAGUAUGUUCUUAAGUUUGUCAUUGUAGAUAACUGCGUGAAUACUGAAUUAGGUCUGCCUCCUUUUUUUUUUGGAUGGAGAGCAUCAUGUAUAAAGUUAUCCAUUUCAGCAUAUGUUAAGGGUUCUGUUGCUGUAUAUCCAGUCCAUGUGGCUUAUUUACUUUGUGUAGGAUCACAAAGCUGCAGCGUAUGUACUGUGAUCUUACCACUUGUUUGUUUCUUUUGGUGCAUGGAGCUGUUCGCUGGGUGUGGAUGUGAUAUUCUGACUCCCAGACACCCGUCGUAGACUCCUUGAACUCAUCCCCAUGUAAUAGGGUCAGCAUACUGUAGACUGUACACUGUUAAGUGCAGAGUUUGAUAUUUAAACAUGUACCACUUAGACCAUGUUUGUUGGCCCUUCCUAGAGGAGUCAAUGGCUGUGCCCACAAUAGUAACACUAGUGUGUGAAACUUAGUAACCUACAUCAUAUGUUAACAAUAAAGCCAUGUUUAUUUUGAACUAAUCCAAACAAGUAUCCCAGUGCUUUGUCUAAAUUCAUUGAGGCUACAUGUGUUUGAUUCACAGUGUAGUUCCAGCAGUCAGCUGGACCAAGACUUGAGGAAACUAUGCAAAUGUCAGUGUGGACAUUAAGGAAUCAUAGCAGUGUCACAUGUACUCUGGGGUGAAGCAUGUUACUUGUAACUGGGAAUAGAAGUCCGCUUUGUAGUAUUGUUCAUGUAUACUCCUCUUACCUUCCUUCACCACUCUGUGCUGAAGGCAUCAGGGCUGUGAUGGCCUCUUGGCCUACAGACUUGUUAAUGUUUCUUUUGAUUUGUCUUGUAUCAGUUACCUUGUAACUUGAUAAUAGAGACUGCUAAGUUACACACACACACACACACACACACACACACACACACACACACACACACACACACAUCACUUGCAAUGUAACCCUUGAUACAGGUGGAUGAUAUUGCAUCAGUUAAAUAGGUUAAGCUUAGAGAAGAAAAGGAGAAAAUUAAUUCCAUAAUGAAAACAAUACUCUUAUGUUAUUAAUUUUGUAACUUUAGUGUAAAGGCUUUCAUUUUUUUUUUUUUUCUCAAAAUGGGCAGUCUAAUUUAUUGCUUGGGCAAAUCUCGCAGCUUACUGCACCUCACCAGCACUCGUCUGCCUCGUCGCUUUUAUGUGGAAUAACCAUCGUUUCCAAGUGUUUGGCAAUUCAGUUACAGGGACUAGAUCAAACAUUGCUCUGAAAUAGUCUGCCUGUUACAUGAAGGUUUAGUUUUGGCAUAUAUAUAAUAUGUCUGUAUUUACCAUAUUUAGCAUAUUAAGCAAAUCUACCUGUCCAACAUCAGUGCUAUAAUGGCCUGUACAUUGUAGCAACUUGUCCAGAACACAGUUACUGAAGGCAACAGAAGGUGUGAGCACAAUGUAUCUGGAGGCACGCAUCAUGUCAGUGGAAGCAAGGCAUUUGCCAAUGUCCUCGGAGGUAUGACUUAUGCACAACUCAAAAGCUUGAGUCAUCAGUGUUGGCAAAACCUUCCGCUGGUAAUUCCUCGGUGUUUCAUUACUAUUGGCCUUGCUCGCUUAUUUUCCAGCCUAUGUAAAAGAAUAUUGAAUAAAUGAGACGAACUGCA